GUUAAACGACACCUAGUCGAGACUCAGCAACGGUUAGCUUUGCGCGAACGCGCUCGCCAAAUGCGUGAGAAACGCAAAUUCGGCAAACAAACACAACAGGCAGUUUUACAAGCUCGUAAAACAGAAAAACGACAAUUGACCGAGGCGAUUAAGGCAUCGCGAAAAAAAUCUGGACAUAAUCGUGCGGAACUCUUGGACAGCAUCCUGAAUGAAUUCCGCGAGGAACAUGAGCCAAAACCAAACCAGAAGAAGACAUCCAAACAGAUAAGCUUCCAUCGCGCCAAAGAUAUCGCCAAUCGGAGAAAAGUCAACCGCCAACGGGACUAUAAAAAUAAAAAAUACGGCCACGGUGGUCAGAAAAAGCGGGCCAAACGGAACAAUAGGGAAUCGUUUGGUACCGGACUCCUGCGCGAAUUCAAUCCAAGCAAACAUCAAGCCACUCCACAAAAGCUUGCCAAAAUGCGAUCCGAGGCCCGAAAAGUUGGUCAGAAGAAAAAUCGAGGACGUUCAAAGGGUCGUCGAUAA